CCGGUAUUUCAGCAGGGCCUUCGGCAUCUGGUCCAAACAGAACAUGGUAACACAGACGUUCAUCACCAACCUGAUCUCCCACACUGAGGCGGAGCACGCCUCCGGGGCCUGGCUGCUGCUCUCUAAGGUGAUCGCUUCAGCCUCCAGACUGCCCUACGAGAAGAUCCUGGACGCCUGGGACACCAUGAUCAGUUCAAAUGAUGUUCCUGUUACAACCAGCUGUCACAUCCUGUGUGUGAUGGGAGACAUCGCCAAACAUCUAAACACAGAUACCAGAGACAGGAUAAUUGAUGAUCUCAUGUCUUGGUUGAAGACCUUCUCUUUGCCUCUGGAGGUGAUCUGUGCCGCUGUGGAGACUCUCUAUCAGCUCGGCCGGAGUGAAGAUAUCAAACAGACUCAG